UGCCGACAUCCCGAAUUGUUUACCCUGUUAAAUUGAGAAACAGAAUCUUUGAAAUCGGUCCGAUCGUACAUCUGUGAGAGAUAAUAAUAAUCCACGGUAUCCGCUACACGUAUUCGUUAAAUUGGUCAGUAGCAAUUGGUGUAGUUAUCGGCAACCCCGCACGAAGCUGUGAAUUACGGGUGAAUAUAGUAUAUGAAAUUUUCGAAGCUUUUGAAACGCCGGAUUGUAUGAAAAUUUGUGCGUAAUAUAAUAGAAGAUUGGUAAAAGAAAAGGGGGGAAGGGAAGGUGCGAUGACGGUGAGAAAGAAGAAAACUCACUGCAACGACGAUAACUGUAAACGAAUGUGAUCGUGGAAUAUGGAUUGAGUUUCGUCGAAACAAAUACAGGAGAUAUACGAAUACCCGGAUUCAAUAUAAAUACCGAGUGCUAUCGUAGGCCGAGAAGUGGGUCAACCGGAGUGCCGCGUCGAGCAGUGAAUACACGUAUAUACGAGACACACGGAUAGAGGAUCGAGAGAGAGAGAGAGAGAGAGAGAGAGAGAGAGGGAGAAGGAGGUAAAAAAUGGCGGCUAUACACCCGCGUGUAAAGUGUAAUUCUCGAUGCAGCGAGUGGUGCGAUUGACAAGUUGUAAAUCGUGCGUUUCGUCGGCGUAUAACUGUGACGUUUGAAUCGUUAGAAAUUCAAAUCACGCGCCAAAAAUGGCAGAGUUCAGCGAAUAGCCGUUCGACGAUCCGGAACUUCGGAAAUCCGAGGAUCACCCUUGACCUAGGGUGUCCUUGACACGGGCUGUGUAUUUUAUCAGAUAUAUAAAGUGCGUGGAGUGGAGUGCGGCGUUUGUGAAGUUGAUUGACCGGCCAGAUGGAAGGGCCGAUCUCCGCGCUGUUUCUGCUGGGCUUCUGCGUCGGGAUCACAGGAGUCCGUGCAGUCCAGAAUGCACCGACAUCCCAUUCCCCAGAAAGCGAGAAGCUAGUUUUGAGCGCAAGCUCGUACCCGAACAGGGAAAAAACGCUCAACAACUUGGUUCACGAUGCGUCCCUAUCUAGACUGCAGAGGACGAAUCCAGCCCUGGAGCUUGUGAGCUCUGAGAACGUGGAGAACACGGAAGGUGAACGUUUUCAUACACUCUCCAGGAACGCUUUACCCGAGGAAUCUAUCGAUCUGUUGACUGCCUCGAAGCACGUGAAUCACAUCGAUGGAAAUAACAUUGAGAUAAAGCCGGGCGACUACUUCAGAAGCAUCGCUCCAACUCGAAGCGAAAUCGGGUCGGGGGAAGAGCGAGGGGCUCCGAUGAGGGAAGACCUCAGGUCGGAGCCCCUGCAUCAGCGGCAGGCGUUUGGACGGCAGAACCCACAGCAACGAUAUACAAGGCCAAUUUUCCAACAAAGACAAAGUCGGCAAGAGAUGCCGAGGAUCUAUAGCGAGCACGCGCCACCUCCGGUUCUCCAAACGGCUCUGCCGGGCCACGGGAAACAGAGACAGGCUAAUCCUGAUAUCCAAGAUAUCAUAACGGGGAUAGUAAAGCUGCUGAACGGGAACGUGAACGUCGCCGCAAACACCGCGAGGCCGUUGAGGCCGAUCCAGGCCACCAGAAUCAACAACAGAGGACCACCGAGAAUAUCGGACGUUCCUCCUCUUCCACCGGACUUCGAUACUCCCGGUAUGAACCCUCCGCCUCUUCCCGACCAUCCCUAUCCCUUCGAAAAGCCACCGGCGGUCGAUCGUCCUUCCGUGAACCAGUUGCCGCCGGAAAGACCGGUUCGACCCUUGCCGGAUCACGUUGGUAGCCAAGGAAAUCGACCGGGGAUCGAGAGCCUCUGGAAUCGACCGAUGAGACCAGGAGUAAACAGGCGACCGAUACCGCCGUACAAGCCGAUGCCUCCGUUGGACAAAAAUCAGCCACCCAGUUUCGAGAAGCGGCCGGAGAAAGUGGAGAAGCCGCAAACCACGGAGAGUAAUUUCAAGGGGGACUCGAACGUGACGGCGGAUAAUCAGAGCAACAGGCCAACUCUGACGGCUCAGACGGUGAACCAGCAGAAGAGAGACCCCGUGAACGAGGGGAGUAAACCGCCUGAGGCGGAUCCGAAGCCGAAUGUAAAGCCGGAGUCGAUUCGACCGAGUAACGAGGGCACCUCGAAGAAACCGCAAAAAUAUCAACCACCGAUGAAGAACGAAGAAAUAAUACCGCAGAACACUUUGGUCCUUGGUUCAGACCCGCUUUCGUAUCCCAUACCGAAUUCCGACGGGAUCGUCGGUGAGAAGAAGAACGAUUCCGCGAAGAAUUCGGUAACCCGGGUGAUUUCCUCGGCGCCGGAACCGAUCAGGCCGUCGAGACCGACGAAGGAGAAGAACUCCGAAGCCUCCGAGACGAGCAGCAGCGGCACUGCGUAUGCGAAGGUGGAGUCGGUCUCACCUUCGGGGCAAUUAAUGUCAACCUUCGAAAAGACCCUGGCCGUGGAGACGAGCUCGUCGGUAAAAGUGAUCGAGCCGACGCCGACGACGAGCGAGAUCCAGCCGACGGUUGUACCGCUUAAAAACGACGACGACCCUCCCCCAAGCAUCGACUUCCCGAAGCUCGAACCCAGCAAGGUCGACGCGACCGAGUCCAAGGUCGACGCGUCGACGCCGACCGAUAACCUCCCGCCCUUGACCCCUCAGACGAGCACCAAGGCGGAAACUGGCCCCUCCUCGAUCACCUCGUCUUCGAACAGUCCGGCACCGACGAACUACUACCCGUACCGACCACGCCCAGGAAUAGUGAUCGACGACACCCUGGACUACACCGGAAGCCAAGGAGCGGCGGGUCACCGGCCUUAUUCCGCGACGCGGUAUCCCCAGAUCGGUGACAUCUUCGAUGUGACGGUGUCGGCCGUGCAGGGACCGGGUGGUUCCGGGGACAGCGUUAGGGUCUCUAUAAACCCCGGUAGUCCCGACGUUAUCGUGACGUCGGCGGUCGAGGGCCAGGGCUUCGUCAGUAUAGACGGAAAGCGGACGUACUUGAAUCUCUUCGACGGUGCGAGCGAGGCGACGUCCGCGAUCAGCCAAUCCUCGACGAGCGUCGCGCAACCUCAACCUAGCCGAACCCAAUUCCCAGCUGCCAUAACCGGGACCGGAUACGCGGUCGCCCAGCCGGAUGUACCAGCCGUGACAACGCGGCCCGGAACCUCGCCGAGGAGACCCUAUCCAAGACGGCCCGCGCAGCCUCCGGUCAGGAUCGACACCUGCAUAGUCGGUGACUCGAGCACGUGCGACGGGAGUCAGCACGAGGCCUGCGCCACGGUCCAGGGUGUCUCGGCCUGCCACUGCAAGCCGGGAUACGCGAGGCUGCAGCACUCCUUGCCGUGCAAGAAGACCGUCAGUAUAGUGGUGUCGAUGAGGGUCGACAGGAUAUACGACAGGAAGGUCGUGUGGGACAACGGACUCGCCGACAAAGAGUCCGAGGCCUACGAGACCCUCGCCUACGAGGCCAAUCGGGCCGUCGAAUCGGCCAUGUCGAUGACCCCCUUCUCCGACGAGUACAUGGGCUCCUCGGUUAACGGGAUUUACCAGGGCGACGUGAGCCAAGGACAGGGCGGCGUCUUCGUGAACACGACGUUGAAGCUCACCCUCGAGCCGAGGACCGCGAGGCCCGCCCUUGCCGGGGAACUGCAGAAGCACCUCCUGGGGGUGAUCCACAGGCGUAACAACAACAUAGGUAACAGCGCGCUGUACGUGGACAGUCCACCGGGCUCGGUGUCGAACCUUCAGGACCUCGACGAGUGCGCAUCCUCCGAAUUGAACGACUGUCACGCGUCGGCUGUAUGCACCAACACCUGGGGCGGUUUCACCUGCGCCUGUCAACCCGGCCUCAAGGAUCCCCACAAGUCCGAGGCCAGCGAGGCUGGCAGGGUCUGCCUCUCCUGUCCAACGACCCACUGCAACAACAGAGGACUUUGCUCCUACGUCCAGCAUGGUGAUGAAAUGCAGUGCGCCUGCACCGGGAACUACUACGGGUCCCAGUGCGAGAUCGACGGCGAGGUUCUUGGCGUCGCUAUCGGGGCCUCGGUCGCCGCUCUGGUGAUCAUCGUCCUGACCCUGGUCUGCUUGGUAAUGUGGAGUCGGCGAUGGUCCCGCGAACAGAAGGCCGUCGGAUCACCGGUUUACGGGUACAUGCAGGGCGGUAUGCCUGGGACUUUACCCGGCACCCUGGCCAGGGUCGGUUCCGUCGGGACUCUGGCCUCCGCUAAACAGGGACCGCCGACCGGACUGCCUCCCUACAUGUGGGCCCACAUAGCCGACCACAUGGCCACCGCCAACCUCUACGCCGCGGAGCCGAUGGGCUCCACCAGGCCCAGUUCGGCCAUGUUCGGCUAUCCCACCCUCAGCAUGCACGGCACUCUGCCGCCGGUCCCACUGCCCAGACUUCAGGCCCCUCCCAGGCCCCGACAUCGUCAUCAACCUGAGCCCGACAGCUCCGACUCUGAACCCCAAGACCGGGACAGAGCCGAUCUGAUACCUCAGAGUGGAGGGUUUCACGUACCUAGACCGAAGUCCAGAUCCUCCGUGGCGAAUCAAAGCGGGAUCUAUUACGACGUCGAGUACGAUCAAGGUGAUUCGCAGCAUUUGUCGAAAAACAACAUACCAAUGUCCACCUACAGUAUGGCUAGACCGUAUUACAGAACUUAGGGAAUUUGAUAGAGAUAAUAAUAAUAAACAACAAUGAUAAGCAACGAUUAUAGCUACAAAAAUAUUAUUAUGUUUUAUAAUAAAUUACUUACAUGACUCAGGAGACGAUAAUUUGCAAUUUUGCAAAGUGGUUCUAACUGCCGUCUUGACAAAUCGUGGAUCGUUCAGGGGAUGUUAAAUCGUAAAAGUGUCGACAAUUUUGUAACACGAUUUCUUCUAACGUCACUUUUCAUCUAUAUUAAUACACUAUUCAAAUAUUGAACUGAUUGAAAGAUAUUUGAAUAAAAAUUUUAAGUUAAAAAAUCGAGAGGGUAAAACAAUGGGACAUUGUUCGACAUCAAAGUACGACUGACAUGUCAUUUUUUAUAUUUACGUAGAGAAACGUAGAUAUAGGCUUAGAUUGCUCUUACUUUUAUACUCCAACGUUGUGUAUUUUCGGAUUCAGAAUUCGUGCUAGCUCAAAAACUUACACUAGAAAAAAGACUAAAAGGUGAAGAAAAAAAUAAAUAAAUCAAUAAAUGAUAAUAAUAAGAUAUCGAUUAAUUAAGUACAUAUUGUAUAACAUAUCGACAAAUCGUGGAAUGAUAUUUAUUUUUUGCGACAAGACAUUUUAGGGAACACACAUUAUUAUCGGCAACGGUGAUGGGCUAUUUUGGGUUUUGUUCCUUAGAGUUGCCUUUGUCGUAUACGAAUACUGGUAUCCAUGGACUGUGCAUUUCGAUUGUAAAGAAUAUUCAUUUUUGAUAUUUUUUUUUUUUUUAAGAAACUUUAUCCAAUUACUCAAAUCUGUCUAUGAGUCCCAGUGCAAUUGUCAAUAUUAGAAUAGUAUCGUAUUGUCUAUAAUAUUUAGUAUAAUGUAACUUAUAAUUGAUAAAAUUUGAAAAAGAAUCGUGUGCUGCAGAUGUAGCUCUAAUAUAAAGACGUCGAAAUAAUUCUAUCCAAUAAUCAUGUUGCAUUACUGUAAGCAGAAUCGUAUUAUUACUUGUAAUUUUGCUGAGUAUAAUAUAGUAUAAAUAUAUAUAUAUAUAUAUAUUUUAAUUCAAAAUCAAUACAAUUACACGCAUUUUUGUCGGAAAAGUUGAUGGAUAUUUUGUUCGAUUGCUUAAGCUGAAGUUCAAGAAAACGGACAAAAAAAAGAAAAAAACAACGAAGAAUAUAGUUUCUACAAAAAAGUAUUCGGAUGAUUGAAAAGAAAAAUGUGUUUC